GAGGCGUGAGAUACUCACAGGCUGGGCCUGUGUGUAGGAGAUAGAGUGUGCAGCAGAGGACACUGAGAACAAGAACAGAAAGGGCGGCGUGGGGGAGACAAGCCGUCGGCCGUCGGCACAGCUGCCUCCCUGGACCAGGAUGGCACUUCCUACAGGCAGGCGUGGGUAGCAGUCGGAGAUGGCACCAGACAUGUGGCUCUUCCUUGGGAUCACUGGAUUGCUGACAGCAGUUCUCUCAGGUCUUCCAUCUCCAGUCCCCUCUGGCCAGCACAGAAACGACAGCACUCCAAAAACGCCCGUGGACCCAGAGGAGCAGCUGGGGAUUCGCCUGGUGAACGGGAGCAGUCGCUGCAGCGGAUCUGUGGAGGUCCUGUUAGAGUCCUGGGAGCCUGUGUGCGCGGCACACUGGAACUGGGCUGCUACCAAAGCUGUGUGCAACGCGCUGGGCUGUGGCGAUUCCGGAAAGGUUACCUACUUGAUGCCACCCACCUCUGAGCUUCCAUCAGGAGCCUCUUCUGGGAACACUAGCAGCUCCGGAAAUACGACAUGGGCGCGGGCACCAACUGUGAGAUGCAGCGGAGCCCACUGGCAGCUCUGCAAGGUGGAGGACCAGGAGUGCGGAGGCGACAGGCCGCUGGUGUGGGUCACCUGUGCAGAGAACCAGGCUGUACGAUUAGUGGAUGGUGGCAGCCGCUGCGCAGGCCGGGUGGAGAUGCUGGAGCAUGGUGAAUGGGGAACAGUGUGCGAUGACACGUGGGACCUGGAGGAUGCACACGUAGUGUGUAAGCAACUGAAGUGUGGCUGGGCAGUGAAGGCACUGGCCGGCUUGCACUUCACCCCAGGCCAAGGACCCAUCCACCGUGACCAGGUGAACUGCUCUGGGACCGAGACCUACUUGUGGGACUGCCCAGGGCGGCCUGGAGACCAGUACUGCGGUCACAAGGAGGACGCAGGAGUAGUGUGCUCAGAACACCAGUCCUGGCGCCUGACUGGAGGCGUUGACUCCUGCGAAGGGCAAGUGGAAGUGUUCUUCCGGGGUGUCUGGAGCACUGUGUGUGACAGCGAGUGGUACACAUCUGAGGCCAAAGUGCUCUGUCGGUCCUUGGGUUGCGGAUCAGAAGUGGAUCGGCCCAGGGGGCUGCCACACUCCCUGGAAGGGAGAAUGUACUACUCCUGUGAAGGCGAGGAGAUCGCCCUCAGCUCCUGUUCCUGGCGGUUCAACAACUCCAACUUGUGCAGCCAGUCGCUGGCGGCCAGGGUUGUCUGCUCAGGCUCCCAGAGACAUCCCAAUCUGUCCACUUCUGAAGUGCCUUCCAGAAUUCCGGUCACCAGAGAAUCUUCUGUGCUGGUGAGCGUCAAGGAUAAGGACUCUCAAGAGCUGACACUUCUCAUUCCCUGUAUUGUCCUGGGAAGUCUCCUCUUUAUCUCCCUCAUCUUCAUAGCUAUUCUUCUCUUGAGAGCCAAAGGACGUUACGCCCUCCCUGCUUCAGUGAACCACCAGCAGCUGUCCACUGACAACCAAUCAGGGAUCAAUAACUACCAUCCUGUCCCUAUCACCAUUGCCAAAGAAGCUCCUACGCUGUUCUUCCAGCCCCGGGUCCCUGAGGACUCAGACUCCAGCUCUGACUCGGACUAUGAGCAUUAUGACUUCAGCUCCCAGCCGCCUGUGGCCCUGACCACCUUCUACAAUUCCCAGAGGCACCGGGUCACAGAGGAGGAAGCUCAACAGAACAGGUUUCGGAUGCCACCGCUGGAAGAAGGACUUGAAGAGUUGCAUGUUUCCCACACCCCACCUGCUGACCCCAGACCCUGCGUGGCAGAGGCCCCCUCUCUGGGCUCUCAGUACCACAUGAGGAGCAACAGUGAUUCCAGCACCUCCUCUGAGGAGGGUUACUGCAAUGAUCCCAGCAGCAAGCCCCCUCCGUGGAACUCACAGGCGUUUUCUUCUGAGAAGAGUCCCCUCACGCAGCAGCCCCCCAACUUGGAACUGGCUGGCUCUCAGGCAGUGUUUUCAGCAGGGCCCUCAGCCAAUGACAGCUCCAGCACCUCAUCCGGAGAGUGGUACCAGAACUUCCAGCUACCACCCCAGCAUCCUCCGGUGGAACAGUUUGAAUGUCCAGGACCCCCUGACCCCCAAGCAAACUCCAUUGAUGAUGAUGAGGAGGAGGAGGAGGACUACGAUGACAUCGGAGCAGCAUAGCCUGGGUCCCCGAGGCUCCUGAAUGACCCCUCCCUCUGCUCUCCCGCUCUACCACCCAUCAACUUCUGGGAGGCUGAGGUCCCUAGCAGAGAUGGAAGGGUGGGCAUUCUCCCAGCCCCUCAUCCUCCACCCAUCGAUUAACCUGCAGGAGCCUGGAACAGAAGGCAUGGCCAAUGGUGUGAGAGCUGGGUCCUGGGUUGAACAAGCAGUGGUGGACGGUCAUGCUGGGUAACCCUGAGGCUUUAUCUCACUCCGUGUCAAGUACUUUGAUCCUAAGUCUCAGGAGGCAGCUGAGGGGCUGAGAAGCUCACCUACUGCUGAAAUACAGGCCCAGGGGCUGCCAUUAUCACUGAAGAAGCCAGCGAUGCCUCGAUGCAACCUGGGGCCUUCAGAGUAGCAGCCGCUCUAGCAUGGGCAUGGAUGGCCUCCCUGGGCACUGUCAGCUAAGAGUAACCAUGAGAAAUGCAUGUUCCCUGUCCAGUGUCAGGCAGAGGCCAGUCCUGCUGACCAGGGGUCUCUGAGUCCACCACAGGCACUGACUGGACUCCUCUUUCGAUCCUUGGACAACUGAACAUUAUUCUAACCUUGUCUUUAUAGAGGACCCCUGUCCUGCCUGAGUCAGGGGAUCAGCAGCCGAGUUGGAACAAAAAUGCAGGGAUCUGUUCUGGAGGGCUCGAGGGCACCGAAAGCUCUGAGUCCCCACAGAUCCCCUUGGGUUGACAGGAACACUUUGUGGUUAUUGCAGCCAAGACUUUAAACAGCAUCAGAGAACUGGAGGGUCCCAGCCAGGCUACAGUGGCCUGUCCUGAGUUCCAGAGAUUAAAUGAUUACUGAGUGAAAACUA